AACAGUCCGAGCAGCUUUCAGAAUGACAGUCUGCGGGAGUGCGCGGAGCGUGUGCGCGCUACGGGGCUCUCUUGCCUUCUGGGCUCCAACACAGCUCUGUGGCUGAACUGGGGGUGCUCAGCACAGGAACGGCUGGGCUAUGGAAUACAGAGGCGGCGGCCCAGGUAGCCCCUGUUGCCUGGAGGAAUACAUCAUGCUUUCUGAGAAGAAGAAAUUGUAGAAGCCAGGUUGUUUGGGGUGGGUUUUUUUUUUAACCCUUUCCUGCAAGGGAAAAAAAAACUGUAAAGAUGCAAAAACGUAAGAUCCAUGAAGAUCCUAUUACCUAGGAAGAUUUUGGAUGCGAAUGCGGUGUUGGGAUUUACUUGUUCUUGGAGUGUUCUGCGUGGCUGGCAAAGAAUAAUGUUCCAAAAUCGGUCCAUCUCCCAAGGGGUCCAAUUUUUCUUCCUGGGUGUCAGCAAGCCCUGACUCACUACAGUGCAGCUGACAGGGGCUGUCAUGCAAGUGGCCCCUAAGCCAAAGCAAAAGACCUAAGGACGACCUUUGAACAAUACAAAGGAUGGGUUUCAAUGUAAUUAGGCUACUGAGCGGAUCAGCUGUAGCACUGGUGAUUGCCCCCACUGUCUUACUGACAAUGCUUUCUUCUGCCGAACGAGGAUGCCCUAAGGGCUGUAGGUGUGAAGGCAAAAUGGUAUAUUGUGAAUCUCAGAAAUUACAGGAGAUACCCUCGAGCAUAUCUGCCGGUUGCUUAGGUUUGUCCCUCCGCUACAACAGCCUUCAGAAACUUAAAUACAAUCAAUUCAAAGGGCUCAACCAGCUCACCUGGCUGUACCUUGACCACAACCACAUCAGUAACAUUGACGAGAAUGCGUUCAAUGGAAUACGCAGGCUCAAAGAGUUGAUCCUGAGUUCCAACCGAAUCUCCUAUUUUCUGAACAAUACCUUCAGACCGGUGACCAAUCUGAGGAACUUGGAUCUGUCCUACAAUCAGCUGCACUCUCUGGGGUCUGAGCAGUUCCGGGGCUUGAGGAAGCUGCUCAGUUUACACCUGCGAUCCAAUUCCCUGAGAACCAUCCCUGUGCGCAUCUUCCAAGACUGCCGCAACCUGGAACUUUUGGACCUGGGAUAUAACCGGAUCCGAAGUUUAGCUAGGAAUGUCUUUGCCGGCAUGAUCAGACUCAAAGAACUGCACUUGGAGCACAAUCAAUUUUCCAAGCUCAACCUGGCCCUUUUUCCAAGGCUGGUGAGCCUCCAGAACCUCUACCUGCAGUGGAAUAAAAUCAGUGUCAUCGGGCAGACCAUGUCGUGGACCUGGAGCUCAUUACAAAGGUUGGACCUGUCGGGCAAUGAGAUCGAGGCGUUCAGCGGCCCCAGCGUGUUCCAGUGCGUCCCGAACCUCCAGCGCCUCAACCUGGAUUCCAAUAAGCUGACAUUUAUUGGUCAGGAGAUUUUAGAUUCUUGGAUAUCCUUAAAUGACAUCAGUCUUGCCGGGAAUAUCUGGGAAUGCAGUCGCAAUAUCUGUUCCCUGGUGAACUGGCUGAAAAGUUUCAAGGGUCUGAGGGAGAAUACAAUUAUCUGUGCCAGUCCCAAAGAGCUGCAGGGGGUCAACGUGAUCGACGCGGUGAAGAACUACAGCAUCUGUGGCCGAAGUACCACGGAGCGAUUUGAUGUGGCCAGGGCUCUCCCAAAGCCCACGUUCAAACCCAAGCUCCCCAGGCCGAAGCAUGAAAGCAAACCCCCCCUCCCUCCCACGGUGGGAGCCACCGAGCCCGGCCCCGAAAGCGAAGCCGACCCCGAGCACAUCUCUUUCCAUAAGAUCAUCGCGGGCAGCGUGGCCCUCUUCCUGUCGGUGCUCGUCAUCCUGCUGGUGAUCUACGUGUCGUGGAAGCGCUACCCGGCCAGCAUGAAGCAGCUGCAGCAGCGCUCGCUCGUGCGCAGGCACAGGAAGAAGAAAAGGCAGUCCCUCAAGCAGAUGACUCCCAGCACCCAGGAGUUCUAUGUCGAUUAUAAGCCCACCAACACCGAGACCAGCGAGAUGUUGCUGAACGGGACGGGACCCUGCACCUAUAACAAAUCAGGCUCCAGGGAGUGUGAGAUACCUUUAUCAAUGAAUGUGUCAACCUUUCUGGCAUACGACCAGCCCACAAUAAGUUACUGUGGGGUGCAUCAUGAACUUCUCUCCCAUAAGUCCUUUGAAACGAAUGCACAGGAAGAUACGAUGGAAACACACCUAGAGACUGAGCUGGACCUGAGCACAAUCACAACAGCUGGCCGAAUCAGUGACCAUAAACAGCAGCUGGCUUAACUGAGCUAAUUGGUAGCCAAGGGCUACCAAACUUUGUAACCUCAAGGACAAAAUGAGGAAGAUUUGUUUAUUGUGACUCUUUAAAAAAAAAAAAAACAGUCCCCUGUUCAAAUAAACAAAAAUCCAAGAUUGAUUCAUGAAAUAAAGAAGACAUGAAUUGUUUCAAGUCUACACUUUGUAAUUAGCUAAGUUGUGCAGUAUUUUUUGACUUAAACAAGUAUGACCCUGAGGAAAAACAAAAGGAAAAGAACCAUUUUUUCAAAACUCAUCUUGCCUACAUGUAAAAACUGUACAGAGCUAAUGUAUUUUUCAUAUGGUAAAGUUUCAAUUAUGAAACAAUUGGUAUGUACAGUACCAUAAUUUAAUUACAUUUCACUUUACAAACCUUACACCUUUCAGUGUCUAAAAUUUUAAAUUAACAAAAAUUUAUUUCUUGUGUUAUUCCAAGUUACUCCGUUUUGUAGGGAUUGUUUUGUUACUGCAUUUGUGCCCUGAAUCCUUGAUUCCCAAAUUCUGUGCUGUGCCAAACAUGCACGAUUUUUUAUCAUGCUUACUGCAAUAGAAAUUUUAUCUACUUGUUCCAAGAAAUAAUACAUUAACCAAAAAGGAUUUAAUUGUUCAGAUUUGUAAGCGGUUCUUCAAUUACAUAGACAGGUGUUUUGUUUUGUUUUUCUUAUAAAUGAAGAGAGAAAUCAAAGAACUUUUUAACAGUUCUCAGACUUAACUGUUGCCUUGAAUUACAGCCUAGUUUCUAAGCAGUGAAAUGUAAUGAUAAAAAGGGAUAUUUUAACAAAAUAUUUCCAAGCGAAUGACUCAUUAUUUCAUUCUUCUUGAGUAAGCAUUGGGGGUCAGGGAGUAUGGACAAAACAUCACUGGAAACAAAGGCCGUAACCACAGCAACAGACUUUGAUACCCUUGAAAGGUGAGGGUGGCAGUGACAAGAGAAAACUUUUUUUUUUACAUCUCAUUAUUUUCAGACCAAGGUGGGAGGACAGAGCAUAAUAAUUGUACAGUACCAAUUUUUCUCCUAAUUAACCCAAAGUGGAUUAUCUAAAAAUAACCAUCAGUGAGUGCAAAAUGUGCCCAGUUUUUUAGACAACUUUUCAUUUAGAACUGUGAGACUAUGUGUGGGGAACAUCUCAAAUGAAAACAAAAUAUGCAAGUUCUCCCAUUGUAUGUGACACCAAUUCUCUCCUAAGGGAGAAUGCUGAUCAUCCAUAGCUCAUUGAAUAUAGCUAUGAGCCAGGGUGGAAGCAGGAACAUCCUAUCCUCACUCAGUAGAUCAACAACAUCCUCACCAUGUUCCCAAUAGUUUAUACUGCUCUGCACAAUGGAUUCACCUAAAAAUUCACAUUAAAAAUAAAUGAGAGUCAUUGGAGAUCAACCCAUAUCAUCUAUUGAUUAUGUUAUUGUAUUGUUAAUUCCAA